AUGGCACCCGAAAACAAAUUGGUGACGCGCGCAGCCUCUGGGCAGAUGUGCAAAGCUCUCGGGGUCAGACUUGUGACGAAUGCACAGAUUGCGCAACUGGCCAAGAACGCCGGCUUUGAUAGCCUCUUCAUUGAUUUGGAGCAUUCGACGCUGUCGAUUGAUAAUGCGAGCAGCCUCAGCUGUGCCUGCCUGUUGAUCGGACUGACGCCGUUUGUCCGCGUUCCACAUCAGUGCGGCAAUGGCUACGUGCAGAAGGUGCUAGAUGGCGGGGCAAUGGGGGUCGUGUUCCCCCAUGUAGACAGCGCUGAAGAGGCACGCGCAGCUGUGUCCAUAUCCAAGUAUCCUCCCGCGGGCUGCCGCUCAAUGACAGGACAACUACCGGUCUUCUCCCUGAAGCCUGCCAUAGCAACCACGAUUAUCGAGGAGACUAAUGCCUCCGCAUCUUCAGUCAUCGUCAUGAUUGAGAGCCAGAACGCCAUACGCUGCAUCGAGGACAUUGCGGCCGUCGACGGAGUGGAUGUGUUGUUGGUGGGCUCCAAUGACUUGGCCAUCGCCCUGGGCGUCCCCGCAGACUUCCAGGCCCCUCUGUUCCGGCGGGCUCUGGAAGCUGUGAGCGCAGCGUGCAACAAGCACAACAAGAUCAUGGGGCUAGCAGGGAUAUACGACCAGCCUGAUUUUCACCAUUGGGCCAAGGACACCCUGGGCGUCCGGUUCUUACUGUGCCAGCAGGACUCCGGCUUAAUUGCCCAAGGCGCCGCCAGGUGCGCAGCGGCAGCGGCCGCCCUGUGA